AUGUCAACAAAUUUUCAUGGUUUGGUUUUUAAAUCCAUUUUCUUAGAUGCUGCACUGCUAUCUUUGUUUGUAGGGGUGUUUAUUACAACCGGUCCACAAUUUUGUGCCAAAUUACGCAUCGUUUUGAGCAACGAUAAACAAGAUCAAAAAGUGAGCAUAGUACCAUAUUCUUUUUCUGAAUUAUGAUGAUAUUCAAGAUUUGAAAAAUAAAACUGUUUAAUCCAGACUAUGAAUUUAUUUUGAACCUGGUUUCUGGACUGUGUACAGAUAGGCGUAUUUUGUCAAGGACAUACCAUUGACAGUUUGAGUUGAAGAAUGAGAUGACAUCCACCUAGCAUUUGAUAGGGAUUACUCGUACUAUGGAUGAAGAAAGUGAGACGAUUGUUAAAGAAGGAGAUGUUGUAUCAUACGCCAAUGAGCUGCUGUCGAAAUGCAACAUUCAGUUCAUGAUUGAAGAAUAUUCAGAAUGCACAAGUGAUUUGUUUCUCGCAUUGUAUCAUGCAAUUUUGGGAGACUUUCCACCAGGAACUCUUGUUGAUUGUAGCUCAAAAGAAGCACAAAUUCACAAUAUUAAAUGCAUAGUUGAGACAUUGUCAGAAGAUUAUUUGAAAGUAGAUUUGUCUCAUAUACAACCUGAAGAUAUAGUAAAUUGUGAUCUAUUGUCUGUGUACAACUUGAUUGAAAUUCUCGACGGUCUACUGGAUUAUUUGCUGGAAAAGAUUGGAAUGGAUAGUGACAGUGGGGAUGAAGGUGACAUAGAUUCAGAUCAACUGAGUGAUAAUGCAAAACUGAUGGCUAUGCAAACUAUUCAAAAAGAAAUGGAAAAAUUGAAUGUUUCACAAGGGGAUCCCACAUUUUCAAGUACAGCGGAGUUAAUUGCCCUUGGUAAAUCAGCUACUGAUGAAGACAAAUUAUCCCAAAGCGACAAAUUUGAACAACUUGAACCUCAACUGAGUCGCACUCCUGAACUAAGUGAUGAUAUUUCUGAUGGAGAACUCUCCGAUCAUACAUUGCGAGCAACCACUGAUUUAUCUCCGAGGAACGACACUUCAAAACAUGCUUUACGAAGUAUUUCUCCGGUUCCAUCAGAUAUGGACAGCUAUAAAUCACUUCCUAAAGAAUUAAACGGGUUUUCAUCAACUUUAUCUCACCUUAAAAAUGGCUUAGACUCAACUGACCAAAAUGAAAGUAGAGAUUUUGUGCCUUCGAUGAGACCUCCCUCUCCUCCUGGUUCUGGUAUAGUUAUUAGUGAUAGUGGAAGUAGUAUGGAUAGUGAAAGGCAAAGACAAGCACUUGAUGUUGAAUUGGAUGACAAACAUACGUCAUUUUUACUCAAGAAAAAGGAACACUCAAGAUUUAAUCAGGAAUCUUCAGGAUCAGAAUCCAUUGAUGUUGCUGAUGGUGGUGGAAGAGGAAAACUAGAUGAAGAUGAUGAUUCAUCACAGCGAAAUAUAGAUUCUCGGCCUACAAUGCUUCCACCUCGAAAAGAAAAGGAUUGGCAAGCAAUGUUGGAUAAUUUACAGAAAACUGUUGAAGAAUCGAAGAAAAUAAGGCAAGAAUAUUUUUCAUCUUCAAGACUCAGACCAGAAUUGACAGCUUCAAGUGAUGAUCUUCAUACAAGUCUUGCGGAUGACACAGCAACUACAGAAGAAUCUUUGGAUGAUUCACUUGUGCCCAGAAGAGGCAGAAGUAGACGUAAAAAUGUUCGAUUUGAAGAUACAGUUUCUACUAAAACUGCAAAAGAACUAAAACAAUUCAGAGACUUACUUAAAAAGGAGAAGACGUUACAAAAAGAGAAAAACAAGAUUCUAGCAAGAAGUUAUCAAGAUCAUCUGGAUGAAGUUCAAGAUUCUGAAAAAGAAAAACUGAAUCCGAUGAGAAGAAAAGUUUCUGACACUGAAAAGAAGGUAAAAGAAACAAUUCAACAACAAAAACAAGGCAAAAGAAGAGUGCCGCGGAAAUCAAUGAGGAAGAGAAAUAAUAUGACUGAUGCAGCCAAGUUGAAAAGUUGGCUGAGCCCGGAAAAAUGCAAAGCUACGACCAAGCGAUCUGCUCCCGAACGACUUCCAUAUACCGCAGCUACUGCACCACUCAGUGCUGGCAUUGAGUCAAUAAAUGAAUAUGAUCUUCUUCCCAAAUUACUCGAAGAAUUUCCACAGCUUGAAUUACCUGCAGCAACUCUCAAUGAUAUGUGGCACAAACAAUUUCGACAGAUUGAGCAUCUUACAAAAGCUUCAUUUGAUCAUAAAAACAAGAAGCGUCAGGGUGAAAUGCAGUUACAUGAAGCCCAUCUCAAGCAUGAGUUACUGACCAGCAUAAUGCAAAAAGAUCACGAACACACCAGACAUCUCAGAGAUGUGAAAGAACGAGCUGCAAAACAAAAAGAAGCUCAAAGAAUUUUACGAGACAGGAGAUUACAGACAGCUCGGAUCAGGAAAUAUUAUAAAGAUUAUCAUUUGCAAAUGAGAGGUAGGAUGAUGAAGCGGAGAACCAAGGAAGAAAAGAUAUUCAAGCGUCUUUUUGAAGAUGGUUUGUCAAUCCAGAGAGCAAGAUUGAGAGAAUUGCGGAAAUAUGCAAGAGAUAAAAGAGAAGAACAACAAAAACGACAACUUGAUGAAAUACAAAGCCUUGAAAAUUAUUACAAAGAUCAGUUUAAUAUUUUGGCAGACACUCUUGCAAAUGAACGAAAUGAUUUAAAAGUUCGAGAUGCAGCUCAAAUGAAGUUGAUUCGUCAAAUGAAACGUGGACUGAGGCAGAAGAUGGAAAAAGAAAUUGGUGAUUUACAAGAUAUGAUUGCAAGAGAUGAUGAAGAUGCAUAUUUUCGUGAAAUUGAGGCAGACAGAUUAAGAAGACAACUGCAGCUUGCAACAUAUCAUGCUAAGUUUCAAGAUUAACAAUAUGAAUUACGAAUAUUACUAUAAUGCAAAUAAGACUGUGAAUACUUUUAUGACCUAAUUUUAUAUAUUGUGUUAAAAUUGUGAGAGAGGCACUGUGUUUGUGUAAUCAUAGUGUCAUAAUUUGAUAGUCAACAUCCCUAGUAUUUCAGACUCUUGUUAGUUUAACUUUAUGAAUAUGUAACUGAUAAGCAAAUAGAGCGAUCUUAUUUUAUUGCAAGUUUUUUUUAUUUGACCAAUUUCACGAGUUUGGACGCGCUAGUUUUCGAAGUCACUUGACUUUUAAAAUUGUAACCAAAACUUGUAGAGUUCAAUAUUUUUCAUUGUGUGAUUAACACUUUUCUUGUUGAGUAGUGUGUAAAUUUAUCACUCAUUAUUUAUAUGAUGUUAUGUAUUUCAUUAGUUUCUCCUGAAGUUUUGUACUGAAAUUUACCAUUCAAGUAGUAUGUGUAUAUUUGAUAGUGUAGAGAACUGUAUAAAUCAUUGAGUAGUUUGCAAAACUUUGAAUGACAUAUAACAAAGAGUUUUAAUAUUCAAACUUAUUCUAAUAAAUAUGAGACAUUUGUAUGUUUUUAA